AUGGGCUCUGACGAUACGGCCACCACCUACGAGAAGAUCUGCCCCGAAACGACAGCUACAACUCCCGCACCUUCGUCGACCGAUGAUGCAUGGUACUAUGACUCCCCAGCCGAACGGUCCUCAAAAUCUGCCUCAUACUCAAGCGCCCUUGUCGCUUGGUUAUCGUACUAUGAAACUGCAUUGCCAGCCCAAACACCUUCAACAGAGUUAGAGAGCUGCCGUCCCUUCACCAUGCUUCAGGGCCCCGAGACAUGGGCGUUCCACGAAACUGUCUCAGGCGAGUAUACUACUAACGCUGAUGCUACAUGGACUGGUGUGAUGACUGAGGUUCCAAUCACAGUACACGGCGAUUAUGUUAAUGGGGGAACAACUCUAUUCGAUAACUAUACCAGUGUCAUGCAGCAGUCAGAGUUCAGGGAAUGGCCGUCACCCUUUUAUGCUGUUGCUACAAUUGUGGAAGCUGCGACUACACCUACACCAGCGAACACUGAAGAUUCGAACGCGGCUAUCGGAACCGGUACACAAGCUACUGGAAGUGAAGGGAAAGCGCCGAGUGUGUCGCUGCCAACUGGCGCGAUGCUGAUGGUCGGCGGAGCAGCAGCGAUUGGUGGAGCGGCUUGGGCAUUGUGA